UGUUUUUGUUUUGACGUGUGCUGUUGGUGGUGGUGCUGCUGUAUCCUGGUUCCAGCAUGUCCAGUUUGGUGAUGAGUGAGUCGGAGGACUUUAUAGACUGGUGGCAGCACACGGUCUUCUAUCAGAUCUAUCCGAGAUCCUUCAAGGACAGCAAUGGCGAUGGCAUUGGCGAUCUGCCGGGCAUCACCUCCAAGUUGCAGUACCUCGCGGAGACGGGCAUCACGGCCACCUGGCUGAGUCCCAUUUUCCAGUCCCCGAUGGUGGACUUUGGCUACGACAUUUCCGACUAUAGGAAAAUACAACCGGAAUAUGGCAGCAUGGAGGACUUUCAGCAGCUCAUAGACAAGGCCUACGAGCUGGGCAUCAAGAUCAUACUCGACUUUGUGCCCAAUCACAGUUCGGAUGAGCACGAGUGGUUCAAAAAGUCUGCGGCCAAGGAGCCCGGCUACGAGGAUUACUAUGUCUGGGUGGACCCAAAGAUCGAUGAGCAUGGAGAGCGGCAGCCGCCCAACAACUGGCAGUCCGUGUUCUAUGGCUCCGCCUGGGAGUGGCACGAGUCCCGCCAGCAGUACUAUCUCCAUCAGUUCACCAAGGAGCAGCCGGAUCUCAACUAUCGCAGUCCCGCUGUCGUUCAGGCCAUGGAUGAUGUGAUACUCUUUUGGCUGAACAAAGGCGUUGCUGGCUUUCGCAUCGAUGCGGUGAAUCACAUGUUCGAGGUGGAGUCCCUGGAGGAUGAGCCGCUGAGUGGCAAGACCACGGAUCCACUGUCCUAUGACUACACUCGACACAUCUACACCAAGGAUCUGCCAGAGGUGCUGGAAAUGGUGCAGCACUGGCGGCAGCUGCUGGAUGAUUUCAGUUCCAAACAUCCCGAGGGUCCCACGCGCAUCAUGAUGACGGAGGCGUAUGCCGGACUCACGACACUCGCGGACUACUACGAGGACCGGCAGGGGGUGCGUGGCUCGCAUUUGCCCUUCAACUUUCACUUCAUUACGGACGUGAAUGGCGACUCGGAUGCGCGUGACUUUGUCUACAAUGUGGAGAAGUGGCUGAUCUACAUGCCACGCGGCGGGCACGCAGCCAACUGGGUCAUGGGCAACCAUGACAAUCCCCGUGUCGCCUCACGUUUUGGACCCACAGCCGUGGAUGCCAUGAACAUGCUGCUGAUGACCCUACCCGGCGUGGCAGUCACCUACAAUGGCGAGGAGCUGGGCAUGCAGGACUAUCGCGACAUCAGCUGGGAGGACACUGUGGAUCCGCCAGCGCGAAAUGUGGGCGAGAAGCUCUUUAAAGAUGUGUCCAGAGAUCCAGAACGCACGCCAUUCCAAUGGAAUAAUACCAGCAAUGGAGGUUUCUCUGAGGCUGCCAAAACCUGGCUGCCUGUGCAUCCCAACUACAAAGAACUCAAUUUGGCUGCCCAAAAACUAGCAGCCAAGAGCCACUACAAGGUCUAUAAGUCGCUCAUUGAGCUGCGUAAAGCGGCCAUAAUGCGUCGGGGUCGCUUUACCAUUGAGCCCAUUUCGCGCUGGGUGUUUGCCUUCAAGCGAUCUUAUACCAACUUUGAUUCGAUAAUUACCAUCAUUAAUGUGAGUGACAAGCAGCAGUUGGUCAAUCUCUCAGAGUUUCUCAAUCAGCCCAAGAAAUUGGUCGUGGAAAUAGCUGGCGUGGACUCCGCACAUGAGAAAGGCGACAGCCUUCUGGCGGUGGCCUUCGAGCUAAAUCUGCCACCGCGUGGAGGACUUGUGCUGAGCGAACGCUGCUCCACGGCAAUGAGCGCACAGCGUCGCACUUUGGUUAAGCAGCUCAUCAAGUCGGCCCAAGUGGUUCUAGUGGCGUUUCUAUUCUACAAUUUGUGGCGCCACAAAUGGACCAAAGUGAAAAUCAAUCAGCAACGCUUUUGACGGAUUUCUACAGCACUCAAAUACCAGCAGCCAGAGUGUCUGUUUGUCUGCUUGUUUGCUGAUUGAUUGAUUGAUUAAUUAAUUAAUAAAACGAACAUCAGAUUAAAUGUCA